AUGGCGAACAAUGACGGCAACCCGAACUACUGGGAUCCCUAUGCGAAUCCCCCCGGACAGGUCCACACUACCUGGGAUCUAGAGGGCAUGCCGCAUACGGUGGCAGAGAAUGGUCCGCAGCCUACGAACGAAGGCCAGUGGACGACCGAUGUAUGGACGACUGCAGCAGCAACAGCUACGGAGUCUUGGGCUUCGCAGGUUACCAGCGACGCUAGCACCAGCCAGACUCAGUCUACAGACACAGCAACAACUACAUUAUCCUUCAGCACUACAACAAAAUCAUCAGAGACCUCAUCAACAACAACAGACACCACUACCACAACCACAUCCUCAACGACCUCCGCAACCUCAACAUCAACAGCAACAGCAACAAACACCCCCAACAGCUCCAAUUCCGGCCUCUCCACGAAAACCAAAAUCGCCAUCGCCGUCCCCAUCUCCAUAGUCGGCACGGCUCUCCUCGCUGCCCUCCUCUUCUUCCUAUUCCGCCGUCGCCGCCGCCACAAAUCCCCAAGAUCCGGUCCAUACAUGGACAUCCGAGAAAACCCGUCAAGGAACAUCCCGUCACACUCCCACUCCGACUCUCACGGCGGACAGCCCUCCCAGAACCCAUGGGACUCGAUGUCUCAGAACCUAUGGUUCAUGGGCGGUACUCCCGGAGCGAUAGGGGCCAGUAAUCGAAGUAUCAGAACUGCAUCAGAGAGGAAUGUGAGCGCUUACGAUGUCACGAAUCCGAAUCCACGCUACCACCCACACUACACCCCGCAAGGGGAAGGGGCAGAGAGCACGGAUGCGCGAGCAAGUACACCUAAUCUGCAUCGCGGGUUCCAUCGUCCUUCGUUGAUCGUCUCUGAUGGGUUUAUUCCGGAUCCGUUGCAUUCGCAUCCUAAUACGCCGACUAGAGAUGAUGCUCCUGCACCCCCAUUAGGGCUAGGAGGUGGAGGAGGAACACCAAGAGGAUCGAUUGGACUGGCGCGCACCACCACACCAGAGCCUGGACAUCAAGAUUCACUUCAACGAAGCAGUCGCAGCCGAACCCCAGACCCCGACACCAACAACCUUCACCGACCACGCCCCCACUCCUCAUUCAACCAUGACCCUCCGCUAGACGACGCAGUAUCUGAGAUCUCGCGCUUCAGUGGACACCGGAACACGCUGUACGGAGGCCAUGGGACAGCAGCGCAGGGACAUUAUCGGGGUAUUGGUGAUCGAGGAUCGAUUUCGUCGGUUUCGUCGGUUUCCUCAGUUAGUGAUAAUGAGGAUAAUCAUUCGCGGAGGUAA